CCCGCCCAUCCCCGUGGGUUGGUCGCCGCCCGUCCGCCUCUGUCACUAAAACACCGCGGCCGCCUUCGUCUCGCUCUGUCCCUCCUCUGUCUGCUCGCUCGUUCCCGUCCCAUCAUGGGCUCCUCGGAGAGCGCGCUUACCGCCCGCGCAGACAGCCGCCGUCCCCGCUGCCGCCGCAGCAGCCGCCGCUGCGUGUGGCAGCGCGGACCGGGGCAAUGGGGCGACGCCGCGAAAGGUGAAGACGACGAGGCCGCCUCGCCCGCCGCUUUCCCGGCACUGGACACGAACUUGGCCCGCCGAGCUCUGCGGCUGAAGGACGCGAGCGGCCUGCGAGGCGGGCGGCCCGUGUCGCAGCAGCUGCUCUUCGCGAUGGGCCGUGAGUACGGCGUCCGCAACUUGCUGGACGAGGCCCUGGGACGUGGCCGCGUUUCCCUGCCGCUCCGGGAGAUCCUCGGCCGGUGCAGGAGCGUGGAGCUUGACCGAGUGCAGCUGAGGGACGUGGAAGAGGCGUUGAGCAGCUUUGACCUGGAGCUGGAGGGACGCGUGGACAUACAGGCCCUGUACGGGGCCAUGAUGAUGGCGUACGAGACGACGUCGCUGGGGGAGAAGGAGCGCGCCAUUGCCAUGCUGAGCCGCGCCAGCUUCUCCACCGGCCUAGUGGACGUGUACGGGAAGGACUGCACCACCACGUUCCGGGAGGAGCUGGUGGGGCGCAUGGCGCAGGCCCUGUGGCAGCACCGUGUACCCGGCGACCACGUGGCUCCCCGUGGCCCUGGCUCGCAGUGGGCCCCGGCCACGGCCGCCGAGACGCUGUGGCUCGUGCGCUCCACGCUGGUGCAGGAGACCUUGGCGCAGGCCGAACUCGACCAGGCCGAGGUCGAUGCUUGGGCCAAGUUAAUGGAAGGGGACGGUGAUGAUGCUUCCACCGCUGGCGCUGGGAGGAGGAGAAGGCUGCUGACCCAGUGCUUCAGCCGCCUGGAGGCAUCGUGCAACAACUUGACACUGGAGAACCUCACGGAUGGGACACUGCAGACCUUCUGGCAGACUGAGCAUAGCUUAUCCAUCGGGAUGUGGCCGUGGCCCGGUGUGGUGAUCACGCGCCUGGCCCUCGGCGUGUUGGCAGGAGACGGCUCCAGCAUACCGGCCAAAGUGGAGGUGCUGGCGGGAAGACCGGGGCGCCUGGAGCCCAUCAUCUCCACGCUCGUCCCCUUUGCCAGCACGGGCUACGUGGAGUUACUGCAGGGGAAGGAGAUCAGCGCAGAGGUGGUGAAGCUGGAGAUGGUGCAGAACUCAUUCCCGGAGGGCCGCAUGAGGGUUCGAGGGCUGCUGGUGGGGGGCCACGUAAGGGGCCCGGGCCCCCUCUCCACGGCCAUCGAGGCUGUGACGGCACACUGUGUGGUCACGCUGGCCCUUCAGGCGUCGCAGAGCGCCGAACAGAGCGUCGACGCUGCCCACGCACUCGCCACACAGCUCAGCUCGGCGCUGCGGCAGCUGCCUCCGCUCGCGCUGCUGCCGGCCAUGGACCUUGCGCCAAACGACGCCGUGGCUUCCGCUCUGCACCGACUGGGCGAGCUGCUCGGCACGUUGCACAGGCGCCGUCCCGACGGGGAGGUGAAGCUGGAUGUGCUGGCGCUGGCGCUGGCGCGUGGCAACGUGGCCCAUGCGCUGCAGGCACUGGCGCUUGUGGUGCAGAGCGAGCGCCAGGAGUACGACGCGGGGUGGGCGCUCACGGCGCUGCGCUCCUCGUUGGCCGGGCACGCCCGUCGCGUCUGCAAUCCCAUGCCUCUACAGCUGCUUUGCUGGUCAUUUGGGGACAGUGGCCCUAUCUCGGACACCGACGACCUCCUCAUCGGACCUCUGAACGUCGGAGCGCUGCAGGCGGGCGAGCAGGACAUGGCAGCCACGGUGCUGCUCGCCGCUCCUCAGGGCUUCAGGGCGCAGGCCGUGCGCCUGCACGUCCAGAUAACGGCCAACGAUUACGGCUACCCGGGGCUGUGCCUGGUGUUUGCGCUCGACGGUGCGGACGGCCCCGACGGCCGCCCGCUCUCGGACGCGGAGCUGCUGCAGCGCUACUCGGAGUGCGACACGUGGAAGCCCGCCGCCGUGACGGACGCCCCCAGCAAGAGGGAUCAAGGCGUGUGGCCGCACAGUGAUUUGAUUGGCUGGACCGUGGUGCGAGAUUCUUUCACCGACUCUGACAUAUACGUGGAGCUGGAGAUGACCCUACCCAAGAAGUUUAUCCUCAUCAAGUACCUGUGCCCGCACGGUGGCACGGGGAUCAAAGUUCAGGGGUCACGGCUCCACGGCUCCCUGAGGUCGGAGAGUGAGUGCUGGCCGCUGGGACCGCCAGGCUGGGUGGACGGGAGGCCCCUACGGAGUGCUGAGCUUGUGGAGGCCACGCUGAGGUUCCUGCUGCUGGUUCAGGACGACCUGGGCGCCAUUAGUGAGCGUGAUCCCUGCCCCUUCCUGGACGUGUCUGACCUCACGAUUGAGCCCUUCUGGCUGCUCUACAGCAAACUGCUGCCCAGCCACUCUGCGGAGAGCACCGCAGCUCGCAUUCUCCUCCUCCGCCUCCUGCGCUGCCUGGGGCCCGUCCUGGCUACCCACGAUCUCAUGGGGCCCGACAAAGAGGCGGCACGCGCCUGCCUUGCCGAGUUCUACCGGCACCUGUGCGACGCUGUGGACAAGGCGGCGCUGCCGCCUGGGACGCCGCAGGAGGAACUGGCGAGUGAGGGGACACUGAAGGAGCUGGAGACUGCGGAGCGGCGCCAGGAGGAGGAGACGCUGAGCGGUGCCACCGCUGUUUUUUUCCCGGGGGAAGAAGCGCGAGAGAAGCUCUUCACGAUGCUGGGUGCCCCAUCGCGGGACGAGGAGCGGCUGCCCAAGUCCGUGUCGCUCACCCUGCGCUCCCUCUGCAGUCGCUUCAGCAAGUUUCCUGAGUUGCUCUGCCCACUGCCUCCGCCGUCGGCGACGCAGCCCCAACGCUCGGAGCCGCUGCUGAGGGUCAUCCACACGCUCCUCGACCUCGCGCAGACACAGCAGGAGAGCGGGCGCCGCUGGCACGAACCGCCCGCCCUGCUGCAGCUGCUGGUGGAGGUGCAGCGCCAGCACAUGAGCUGGUGCCACCUGGCGCUCAAGGGGGGCAAGCAAGGGGUGGCCGAUGUGGCCCGGGCUGUGAUGCUGGCGUACGUGAAGAGGCAGGUGGUGAUGGCGGUCGCUUCCCUCACCGCCCUCGCUUCUUUGCCCUCGGACCGGUUCGCGGACUCCGUGAGCCACCUCCAGCACUCGUUUGUUGCCGUGGCAACCAGGCACCUGCUCGCAUUCCUGCUGGAGCUGGUGGAUCUGGAAUUUCCGUGCACGCUGCAGCAAGAGCUGAUGCCGUUGGUCACCUGCCUGUUUGAUCUGGCCAAUCGGCACAAGGGAUACUUCAAGGAGUGUGAGGAGCAGGAUGCUGGUGGUGGUGGCGGUGAGUCGGUGGUGCUGGGCCGCUGGCUGGUGGAGUUCCCCACUAACGCCGCCACGUUCCUCUGCCCCGGCGCCCACUCCUUCACCAUCGAGUUCGACAAACGCUCGCCCACGUACUGGAACAGUUGCAUGGAGUUCAUGGACGGCCACGGCGCGUACCUUCGCUUCUCCGACAAUUACAACGAGGAGCAGCUGCUGAUGGGGGUGACGAUGAAGUGCGGGCCCACGCUGCUCUUUCAGCAGCACGGCAGCGAGAUGUACUACCGCUUCACGGUGACGGCUCGUGGGGCACCGCACGACUACCCCGUGCCCUGGCUGCACGAUCUGCACCUGCUGAGCCUGCGCCUGCUGGGCAGGCUGCACGGAGCGGAGGUCGCCACCACGGUGGAGAGGGCGCCAGCUGCCGACGAGAGUGAGAAGCAGAAGCCGUGCAUGCUGGGAGCUCUGGGCGCGACGUACUGGUCGGAGGCGCUGCACCUCGCGGGAGUGGAAUACACGGCCGCUCCGGCGGACAAGCAAGUUCACGAGCUGCUGCUGGCGCUGGCGUCGGCACGCGGCUCCAAGGCGGGGCUGGCGCUGCUUUCGGCAUGCGAGGGGGGUGCCGCUCGCGGUGGCGCUGGUGGUGCUGGCGCCACCGACGCCAUUGAGGUGGCCACGCGCGCCGUCUUCGCGGCGUUGCUGCAUCACACGCGGCCGCUGUGGCAGCAGCUCGUACCGUACGCAGCGGGUGAGGUGGCGCCGGCUGCGGAUACCGAGGACCUGCGCUGGAUUCACGCUCAAGCCCGCACCGUCCGGAACUGGCUGCUGGCACAGAGGCAGGAUAGCGUUGGGGAGCUUGCGGAGGAGGGUGGCAAGGAGGAGGGUGGCAAGGAGGAGGGUGGCAAGGAGGAGGAUGGCAAGGAGGAGGGUGGCAAGGAGGAGGGUGGCAAGGAGGAGGGUGGCAAGGAGGAGGGUGGCAAGGAGGAGGGUGGCAAGGAGGAGGGUGGCAAGGAGGAGGGUGGCAAGGAGGAGGGUGGACAGAAGAUGGACUCCUUGGCCGAGAUGUCCAUCCGCAAAUGCCUCUUCCUUCUGAAACUGCCGCCCGUGAACUUCGACCCCAGCUGCGAUUUUAUUUCGGGCGUCCGUAAUACCGCCCCAGACUCGUGCGAGGACCCGGCCUCGGGCAGUGCAGGCGCUGCCCGCGUCCGCCCUCCCGUCCGUGAGGAGAGACUCUACCCCUGGGUUGGUGACAUCCUGGCCUUCGUCAAGGACAAGAAGGCGACCCCGGACGGCGUGCUGCAGGCGGUGACGCAGCAGGCAGCCUUGGCGCACAAACGGGCGGCGUCCCUGGCGCGCGUCAAUGCCAGCCUGCGUUCGGCUCUCUACGAUCUCGAGAUGGUGGCGCCGGCGCUCGCCUUCCUUCAGGGCCUGCUCGCUCACCAGCUCGCGCUGCCUCGGUACCCACUUGAGGGGGUGAGGACGUGUGGGCCGGAGCUGGCGGCUGCCAUGCAGGAGCGGUACCGCGAGCUGCUCGGCACCCUCGCGCAAACGCUGCGACUGCCAUCGCUGCACGCCGACAGCUCGCGCGUGGCGCUGGCUACGGCCGCCCUGCACCUGCUGUGCCUCGACUGGGAGCCCAGCGAGGCCUCGCUGCUCAUGGAGGCCGAACUCCCCGAGAUCCUCGUCGGCAUCGCCCUAGGGACCACCGCUACCGUCCUCUCGCUGCCGUGCGAGUCGGCAGAUGCAGCGGAGGAGCUGGCUGCCUGGGAGAAGGAGCAGCGCUGGCUCCAGGAGUUCUCGUCUGACAGCGCCGAUUGGCUCCGCCAACUCCACGAUGCCAAGCCGGACAAGUGCAAGAAGACGUUUCUGGUGAAGUACGGGGAGCGGCUGCACCGCGAGACCCUCUGCAGCGCGUGCCGUUCCCUGCCGCUGCACGGUUGCUUCCGCUGCCUGCAGUGCACCGACUGCACCCUGUGCACCGACUGCUUCGUCGGCGGGGUGAAGCCCAGCGGCCACGACUCGUCCCACGAGCUGCUGCGCCUGGAGGCGGCGUGCGCGUCGUGCAGGGGCCUCCUCCUGCGCAGCCGCGUCUCCUGCUUCUCCUGCCCCGACCUCCUGCUCUGCCUGGGCUGCCAGACCCACAGCAAUUUCCCUCCUGGGCACACGGCGCAGCACGCGGUGGACACGGAGCCCUCCGCGGUGUUCCUUACGAGCGACGAGUCGGGCUGGCCCUACCUGCAGACGCUCGCCUGGCAUGCGCUGUCCGUGCUCGCGCUCAGGGGCACUCCCAGCGGCUUCGCCUCCCGGCUCCCCGCGCCCUCCGCCCGCUGUGCUCAGCUCCUCAUCCAGCGCUUGCGCAGCACGGGCGAGGAGGAGCAGGGUGACGAGGCGGCGGCACUCGUGCGCCAGAGCCGGCAGCAGAGGAUUCUGGGACUCCUGGCAGCCAUGUUGCCACCACCCAUGGAGCCGCUCCCCGAGGCGCUAUCUCCGCUGGUGCCGCUGCUGCUCGACGCGGUUUCCCCCAGGAGCGGCUGGCGCUCGGGGCCCGGGGUUCCCCACAUGGCGCUGGCGCUGCUGGGACGCACGCUGCCCUUCGUGGCGCCGGCGCAGGCCGACUCUGCCAUGGCGGUGAGGGCGGCGGCGGCGAUGACGACGGCGCGGUCGGGUGCGCCGCCACCGGACGGAUGGGCGGCCCUCGCUCACCUCAUCGGCCUGGGGGCCACCGUCACCAACGGGACUGGCCGGCUGGACUGGGCUAGCGCCAUCACCGCUAUUCUGCACGCGCUCGCAGCGCAGCCCCGCUGGAGCCCAGCGCUCUGCUCGUUCUGCAGCGACCGUCUCUCGUGCCUGCCCAGCGACCUCUCCUGGGACAACAUCAGCUACCUGCUCUUAACGGCCAUCCCGAGCGAGCUGCGCGUGCUGGGUUUGGGCAUGCUAGCCCAGCGGGAGGACGCGAGCGGCCAUCGGCAGGACGUCGUCGCGGUCAGGCGUUUCACGGAGAAGCGGGAGAGCGUCGUGGUGGAUUGUCGCACGCGCCUCUUCUGCAAGGUGGACGACGACUCACUGAAGCUGGCGCCGCUGGGACGGGCCCCGCUGGACGUGGUGAUGGCGGCGCCGGGCGUCAGCGAGCACACCGAGCGGCUCCUCCUCUUCACCGGCAUCGCCGGCCUCCUGCUGCAGCGGGCCGACAAGCCGCCCUCUUUGCCGCCGCAAAAGAUUGUGGGAGCGACGGAGGGGGUGGCGCUGAGCUACAACGAGUCCCUGGUGCUGGCCCUGAGCCUCAAGGCAAUCCUGCACCUGCUGCAGAGCUCACAGGACGGUGAUGCGCAGGGCGAGGCACUGGCCGCCAUCUUCCGAUCCAGCCUCCUGCCGCAGCUGGGGCCGCUGGCGCUGAGGGGCACGGGGUUGAGCACUGCCUGGCUCCUGCCCGAGCUCCAGAUGCUAUCCCUGAUGCAGUACCUCGGAGAAGGAGACCCCAGUGAAGGGGACCUCAGUGAAGGGGGGGACCCCAGUGUAGGGGACCCUGGGAAUUCUACAGUGACCCCCUCGGCCAAGCCUGCGGAGGAGCAGGAUCCCAAGGGAAGACCAGAGGAAGAUGGGGUGGAUGAAGACGAUGAGGAGGAGGAGGAAGAGGUGGACAGUGCUGGUGCAAGUCCUGUAGACCCCCUGGAGGACCUGCCGGAGCCCACCAAGGUCUUACUCAAGCUGUGCCGGGAUUCUCUGGGCGCAGAGCCGCAUGACCUGCGAGCGCUGUGGGAGCGCCACUCCAGCCUGCUCCACUCGUUCGCACUCGAGCUGCACAAACAGUUGGGGGGCUCCUCGCUGAUGGGGGGGGAGGAGGAGGGCGUGGCGCGGGGGGCGCCUGCCGAUGCCUCGGCCUCCCAGGUGCCCUGGGAAACCCACGUGGAUCGCGGCGUCGUGGUGCUGCCCACCAAGCCGGUGCCGGGGGUAUGCCGCCGGGCGGUGCCCUACAGCGCCGUGGCGGCCGUGUCGGUCGCGGUGUGCAGCGAGGAGCCGGUGCUCACCGCGACGGCGGCCAAGAUCGUCCGCCAGCGCAGCGCCCAGCUCCUGCAGCAGGCCCUGCAACCACGGAAGGGGGCGACGUCGGGCUCCACCGCGGGGUCCUCCCGCUCGCAGAUCACUCACGCCUUCGCCACCCUGUGCGCACGUCACAUGAUCUCCCACCUGCUUUCCCACUGGUCGGCCUUCGGGGUCCGAGCCGUUCACGAAGCGCUGGGAUUGGCCGAGCCGAGUCACAUGGCCUACCUGCUCGAUAUACUCCUGAAGCAAGAUGGCCCGGAGAAGCUUCAGAAGAUACUGGAGGAGGUGGUGCCGCACUGCGACCCUCCCCUGCUGGAGGCCCUGGCGCUUACUGCCGCUCGCUUCCUGGCGGAGCCCGUGGUGGUGAAGCGCACGCGGGAAUCGCCGCACCCUUACCCGAACGGGUACAAGCGCGAGGAGAGUCUCUACUUCCCGGGGGCAGCGUUCCUGUCGGUGUGCCUGCACCCGUGCUGCAGCACUGGCUCCACCAACGACCAGCUCAUAGUCUCCACCGUGCCGACCCACGACCUUCACCGCCACGAACGCUGCGGCCCCGCAGACUACUGGCAGCCCUUCAGCAUCGCCGGGGACAUGCUGUGCUACAAGUUCACAGGCAGCCGGCAGCAGGACUGGGGCUAUCAGUUCACGGUGGUGGCCAAGUCCUACGGACUUUUCUACGCAGGCUUCGCCAUCCUGCGAGCGGUGGUGCCGCUGGUGCCCCGAGUGGCCGGCGAGCUGUGGGCCUGGGUGGCGGCCGCGGCGUGCGGCAACACGGGCGAGCAGCGGCUGCAGGCCGUGCACCUCCUGCAGGUGCUGCUGGAGGUGCUGCAGCACGAGCGAGGGACCUGCCACCUGCAGCACCUGCGCCCGCUCUGGUGCUUGCUGUUGGAGCUGGAGGAGCACGGCACGGGGGACGGCGCCGGUUGGGAGCACCGGGAGCAGGAGGGGAAUGUGCCGCUGAGACGCAGGCUGCUCCCCCAGCUGCAGAGGGCGCUCACGGAUCUGUUCUACACGGCGGAGAGAUGCGCCCUGGAGCAAGGCCUCGAGGAGGAGUACCUGCGCAGCGUCUGUGCGGAGGAUUCUGCCAAACCCGGCGACGUCGCGACCACGACCUCCGCCACAACCGCCGUGGCAUCGUGAAGAGGCAUCGUGCUGCGUGCACCGCCCCCCCCCCCCCCCACGUCUCACAGGCCCCCCCCCCCCCCGUGAGUCACCUGCACUCCUUUCGUUUCUGCUCAGCGGACCUCAGCGAUGCUUACAUGCACUCACCUGUGUAAUCAUUCGUGCUCGCCAGUGACUUGUUGUUCCUGCAUUCACAUGCCUGUAACUUACCUCCACGGUCAUAAUCUCACUACCAGCAAUCACCUCCACUCACCUGUAACUUGCCUACACUCGCAUGAACUCGGCUUUACUCACCUGUGACUCACCUGUAAUCGCAUGCAAUUGCCAGUGCUCGCCAGUGCUCACCUGCACUCACCUGCACUCACUUGCCACUCACUCGUGACUCACAUGCGCUCACCAGCAGUUAACAUCCCUCACUCGUCACUCCUCUCUACUCGACUCCACUUUCCAGUACAAAGCUGCACCUUGGCUUAUCUGAGAUAUAACCAUAGACCUCACCUGUCCCCUCACCGCUGAGCACAACCUUCAUUUGAUUCUAGUAUCAAGGUUAACAAGCACCGAUCCCUGAUUCCUAACCAUAUUUCUAAUCAUAACUCUAUCCCAAAUCUUUAUCCUGAUUUUAAGCCUAUUCCUAUGCUUAACUCUAUCCCUAAUCUUCACCCUACGCGUUUUUUGCAACGCAUCCUCCAGGUUAAGUUCUGGGGGUGCAAGAGAGCCAGCCACUCUUAUUUGGUAUUUCACAACUUCCGAGGGCAAUUGUCAUUUAUUUCGUCCUCAUCGCUCGGCUAGUUACCGUCACAUUUCCACGGAUGACGAUUCCGCACCCAGUGAGUGCUCGCAGGCCCAACAAUAAAAACGAGCCCUGUGUGUGCGUUUGUGUGUAUGUUGGACUUCUUUCACACCGCCGUACGUAGCCAACCGUGCUAAUCGGAGGCGCGGCAGGGGGGAAGUGCAACCAACUGAACACAAAAAGCAGUUUUAAAGAAAUGAGAAAUGUGCAUCGUUCGGUUCGAGCACGAUACCCGCCAACCCCAAACACCCGCGCCCCGAGGUGUACGAUGCUGGUCCUGCAUCUCCCAGGUAGUCGCGCGGACAGUCAAGGAGCUCCCCCAGCUUGACAUUGCCCGCAAAGUCCAACAACGCAUCCCCGAAUGCGUGCGAUGCACCGUUGUCGAGCUUCCAUUGCAACGUUACAAACAACUCAUUUGCACGUUAUGUUUUCCAAUACGAAAAUAAACUAAAUUUGUUAUCUUACGAGGUAAGGGUCCACUGAGCUAUGCAGCUCUUUUUCAGAAGCGACUUGGCUAUCACAAAUGAUAGCUCAACGAAGUGGCUCAUCACGUGGGCAUUUAUAGCGGCCAAAUACUACUCUAAAACGCGUGUUUCUAAAUAUGCAGGGAAAAAUCGGAGGAGCUGGAGAAAAAUCCACGUGAUCACGGGGAGCGAACAUGCAAAAUCCAAAUAUACAGGUGUCAGGGUUACGAUCGAACCCACGAACUCCUGCCUACCAGGUAGGGUAGUUAACUUCUUGCCACUGCGACAGGGGGCGACACUUGGGCAACUCUUUUUCGGAUAAUGUCAGAGGACAUUUAAAGUCCCCUCUGAAGCAGAUGGUGUAUUUCUUAUCUUUACUAUGCCCGCAGCAUGAUCCAGGGCACCCACGCUGGUGAGGAGAUGUUAGUUAUCUCGCUCGUCUGGCACGUAGGAGUUCACGGGUUCAAUCCCCAACCUGGCGAUGCCUGUUGUAUUUUUGGCGUCUGCGUGUUCUCGCUUACCGUGCUGGUUGCGUGGAUUGUUCUCCGGGUUCCUCAGGUCCUGCACCCUCUACUCCACGUUUAGAAACAUGCUUUGCCAUUAUUUGGCUGAUGCUAUAAAUUCACCGAAGUGACGAUAUAAGCCACUUGGAUGAGCUGUCACGUGUUGCUAGGCGGCCUCUGAAAAGGAGCGGUAAAGCUCUGUGGCCUUUGGUAUGAAUAAAAUAGUGAGCUAUGCCACUUUUAACGCGUUGCUGUAAUUUAGUACGAUAGUGUACCCGUAAUCAAGUGCAUUUAAUCUGUUGGGUGUGCGCAUCUCCACCACCGACUGACGCAAUAAACCCCUGUACAGAUGCUUCAGCUCUGGGUGAUGGGAUCAAGCGCCAGAUGUUCAGCCCUCAUUUUCUGUUUCCUCGCAAAACUAAUCAAUGCCAUGAACUUUGCUGUAUUCUGGCCGUGGAAAGGACUCGUGUGCAAGAGACUAAUGUCCGUUACCCCCGAGCGGAGCCCUUGGGAACAGAGUGCUGCUUAAAAAAUCAAAAUUUCUCCCCUAG